CCGUGUGUAGUCAGACAGGAACAAUAUGGCUGCGGCGGCGGAGUUAGCGUCUGAGCUCGUCGUAGCCUGAAAGCAGGCGAGCUGACAGGAUGAGCCUCUGUUCCCAGUACUUACGACAGGCAGAGGCCAUGAAGGCUGACAUAACCGCGUGUUGUGCAGACUCCAAGCUGGGAGUAGCCGAGGCGUGGACGUCUCGCCAGGCUCUUCAGGACCUGUACCAGAAGAUGCUGGUCACAGACCUGGAGUAUGCCUUGGACAAGAAGGUGGAGCAGGACCUGUGGAACCAUGCCUUCAAGAACCAGAUCACCACCUUGCAGAGCCAGGCCAAAAACCGAGCCAAUCCAAACCGCAGCGAGGUGCAGGCCAAUCUCUCGUUGUUCUUGGAGGCGGCCAGCGGCUUUUACACUCAGCUGUUACAGGAGCUUUGCACCGUCUUCAACGUGGAACUGCCGUGUCGUGUCAAGUCGUCCCAACUCGGCAUUAUCAGCAACAGACAAAAUAACAGCAGCGCCAUUGUCACGCCGCAGCCGAGCUCAUGCUUGUACAUCUGCCAGCAUUGCCUGGUGCACCUGGGCGACAUCGCACGCUACCGCAACCAGACCAGCCAGGCAGAGUCAUACUACCGGCAUGCCGCUCAGCUGGUCCCGUCCAAUGGUCAACCAUACAACCAGUUGGCCAUCCUGGCGUCCUCCAAAGGAGACCACCUGACCACCAUCUUCUACUACUGCCGCAGCAUCGCAGUCAAGUUUCCGUUCCCAGCAGCAUCAACCAACCUGCAGAAGGCGCUGUCCAAGGCUCUGGAAAGCCGCGAGGAUGUGAGAAGCAAGUGGAGCGUGUCGGACUUCAUCAAGGCUUUUGUCAAGUUCCACGGCUAUGUGUACCUGGCCAAGGGUGUGGACCAGCUGGACACUCUAAGGGAGCGCCUGGAAGAGCACUUCCAGAGGCUGAUCCUCCAGAAGGCCUUCAACUCUCAGCAGCUGGUCCACAUCACCGUCAUCAACCUGUUUGAGCUGCACCACCUUAGAGAGCUGGCAGCCGACGGCGCAGAGCAGCAGGCCAGCUGGUUCCAGCUGCUCGGCCUAUUCAUGUCCUUCCUGGGGGUCAUGUGCAGCUGGGUUCUGCACAACAAGAACCAUGAUGAGGAGGUGGCUGGUGAGUGUCCUCUGCCGGCCAUCAAAGUUUCUUUGGACUGGCUCAGGCUAAGACCCGGCGUGUUCGGCGAGGCAGCAGUGGACCAGAGGCAGCAUGUGUGGCCAUGGCUGGUUUCCAUCCUCAACAGCUUCCAGCCCAAAGACCACCAUGUGUCCAGCUCCUCAGUGAUGCCGCUGCCAGAAGAGUUUGAGCUUCAAGGCUUCCUGGCGCUUCGACCUGCUCUAAGGUCUCUGGACUUCACCAUGGGUCACCAGGGCUUCCCAGCGGGCCGCGAUGUUCUGCUGCUCCGCACCAGACAUCAGAGGCUCAUCACUUUGGGAAAAUGGGUUGCUGACAACCAACCCGAAUUGAUACAAUAUCGCCUUGGCGAUGACGGCCUCCUCCUCUUCAUCACCGACAUUCCCGAACAGGCCAUUGAGGAGCCUCCAGAGAAGGAGCCGUGUGUGCUGCAGGAGGCCUCCAAUGGCGAGCAGAUCAUCGGCGAGGGCGGGAACGCCCGUCUCAAGUCUGUGCUCUCGGGGGGAAAGGCUCAGAAUUCAGGGUUGGAUGGCGCUGACCGACCCGUCGUCACCUUCAAGGAAAACAUCAAACCACGAGAACAUAGCCACGAGCCGUCUGCCGUCCCUCAUCAGAAGGAUGGUGGAAAGGAGCGCCGUGAUGUUGCCAAAGGCAAUGGGAUUUCUGGGAAAAGCGAGCUGAAAAGAGACGGGAAGAGGAAGUGUGACAUGAAGAAAAUUUGUCAGGAGACAGUUGGAGAUGCUGGAAAACAGGUGAAAGCUCAGACAGAAUUGAGGAAGACUCCGGUCUCUGAGGCCAAGAAGACUGCUGCUAAUCAAAGUCAAGCCACCUGCUCGUCCCAGUUUAUCCCAAUUCAUCAUCCUGGGGCCUUUCCACCACUGCCUAGUCGACCUGGUUUCCCACCGUCUGCCUUCGUCAUCCCUUCCCCUGUGGCGUUUCCGGGCUUGCAAGUGAAUUCGGGCUUCACUUUCCCCACAGGGGUGUCCGUCCCGGGACCCUUCCUGCAGACGGCUGUGCACACGCAGACGGGCUCGCAGGGCCAGAGUGGGAAGCAAUCCCACAUUCCUUACAGUCAACAGAGGCCAUCAGGUCCGGCUCAGGGGCCGGGCUCCUCGGGCCAGGGCCCCGCGACCCCGGGCCCCCUCCAGGGCCAACAGUCUCCCACCAAGCCCGUCCAGCAGGUCGGGAUGGGCAAAAGUCCGCCCAACCAUUCGAGCCUGCAGCAGCCUUUCCUGCAGAUCCAGAACCAGCAGAUGUGGAGUCAAAGUCAAGCGGCGCUCCCAAAAAUUCCGGCCAUGCCGAUGUCGCUAAAGCAGCAGGCGUUCUACUUGGCACCUCAGGACCCCGUUAAAGUGUAUGAGCACCACUUAGCGUCUCAUACAGCCAACAUGGACAAGAAGAUGAAGUUCCCGUCCUAUUGGGACUCCUUCCGAAUGGUUGAUGGCCCGUCCUCCAUGGCCGACAGGAUGAAGAGGCCUCAGAUGGUGGGUCCAAGGCAGGAUGCCGGCGCACCCAGAGGACCUGUGUUUGAGGACAACAAGAGCUUGCCUCUUCUCCCUCCUGACCUCUUAAAAACUCUAGCUGAUUUUGAGGAAGAGGAGGAGCUCGUCUUUUCUAAGCCACCUGAUUUCUUCCAGGCUUUGGCCAGCCCUCUUAGCACACUUCCUGGACCAAACAUCUUUCUACCGAACCAGACCAGGACGGAGAGCGGCCCGCAGGUGGGCAGCCAUUCGCCUUCCUUCCUACCCAUGUCUGGCCUCCCCCUGCAGGAGUACAACCAGAACAGCAUCUUCAGUCAGGCCUAUGGGAAGAACCUGGCAGCCAGCGCAAAGUCUGACACUCCCAUGAUGCACCAGGAGCCAUCACUCUACUCGCUCUUUGAGUGGACACCCUGGUCCCCCUCCAUCCACGCCAGCUCAGAUCACUCUACGCCGGCCAGUCAAUCGCCUCAUUCCUCCAACCCCAGCAGCCUGCCAAGCUCCCCGCCCACUCACAACCACAUGGCCACGCCGUUCGGGCCCAUCGGCACACCAGACAGCCGAGAGCGGCGCACGGUGGACCGCUGGAAGGCUGAGAAGCCAGGGGGAUUAAGCGGCUUCGGUCUGGACUACCUGCCGGCCUCCUCUACUUCGGACAGCGGCUGGCACCAAGCACCGCCCGCCAACAGCUGGACCAAUCAGGAGUCCCCAAUGGAAGAGUCAUCCUCCACAGUGCUGCUGGACAGCUUUAAGUCCAUCUGGUCCAGCUCCAUGAUGCAGCCCGGCCCGUCGGCACUGGAGCAGCUGCUCCAGCAGCAAAAGCAGCAGCGAGGUCAUGGCGCCAUGAACCCGCCUCACUGAGGGGCAGGCAAGGCGGCGCUCAGCGCUUGGAGACCACGCCCUCAACACGAGUUUGAUGAAGACCAGCUCCAAUUAACACGCUAUUCAUAGCGGUGCAACGCGGUGGAUGCUGGAGAGGCUGUAACCCCCCUCCUUCAGCCGACCUGGCUGAAACUCCACACCCGCGCUCCCUCGACUGUCGAGGAGUGGGACGCGCCUCCUGGAUGGCAGGGUGUCAGAUCACCGCCUGCGAUCCCCAACACACACACAAACACAUGCACAUGCACAGUGGUGGCUCCACCCCAUUUUACUCAUCCUGGACGUCCCUCAGUGGGUUUAUUAGGGUCUUAGCGGCUACAGGCUGAAGAAGUGCGAGGGGGAGCGUGGACCCUGUGGUGGUCAGGUGACCGGGGCCCGGAACUGCAUACUGAACUUGUCAUUGAUUUUUCUUGAUGGGGAGGAUGAUGUAAACGUGUGUUUCCAACAUGGAGGAAAGACACGGUGCCCUAGAAAGAGGCGGAGCAAGAAGAGAAAGACAUAGUCAUUUGUUUGUAAACAGUGCAGUUGAUGUACUCCUGCUCGCUAGCUUAGCCUGCGUUAGCUUUUGUUGCUCUUCCGCCAUUUUAGCUCAUGCUCUGAUAAGAAUUGGACUUUCACCUUUUUAACAACUCGUCACUUUUUAAACAAGCCACAGGAGAAGGAAUAAAAUGGCCUCCAGUCAGAUGACCAUGAAAGCAACUUUAUUUUUAAAAGGAAAUACAAUCAUUCAGCAGCAAGCAACCCCACCCUCCUCAUGCAGCUUCCUCCUGCAUGACGAUGUCUACGUUAGCUUGCUAAUGGAUUCCUGCUGCUCCAACAGCGCGGAGGAAGAGUGUAAGGAAGAUGAGCGUUUUGUUGUGUUUUUGUGUAGUAGCUGCAAAUAAACAUGAAAUCAUGUUCUCCCUUCA